GACACAGAAGCCAAUUUUUGUUUGAGUUAUUUAUUUACAAUUUGAUCUGUAACGCCAACUUUCUUUUUUGAGUUUUGCAUAUACUUGCCGGUUUUCUUUGAUAUAUGUCUCAUUCGUCCAAAUUCUUUGUUCUCUGUACCUUAUGUACACUUAAGGCAACUACAUUAAAUUUAGCAUCAAUCAUGUUGAUAAAAUUUUUUUAUGUGUUUAAUUUAUAUUUUUGUAAAGUUCUCUCUAGCAUAUAAAUAAAUAAAAUAAAUGUAAAACUAACAUAAAAAAAUAUUUCUUCGCGACAACAACAACCAUAAAUAGCAAGUCAGAACUCAUAAGCUACCGGCCAAACUACAGAUGUCUUUCGUGCGGUUCUCACAUGCGAGAUCUCGCAUACUUUAGGCCGCGAGUUAGAUUUUCACGCAAAUGAAGACGCCUCUUUGCAAUACUAUAAAGAUUGGGAGAAUCUACGUAAUGAUUUUUGAGCAUAUACUAAUGCGUUUAUGAUAUAGUAUGCUUGUAGCUGGUACAUGUAAACAUUUUCUAUUUAGACUUGAAAGUAAAUAAAAUAAUAUUGUGGAAAUAUUGUAACUGAACAAAAGUGGUAGUUAAUUUAAUUCUUGUGACCAGUUACCGUUAAAAACAAUAUAUUUGAGGAAUCGAUCUGGGCUGUUGAAGUAAAAAAUGAGCGAUUCCGAUUCGGAUGCAGGUUCAUCCACAUUUGGUUAAAAUCUAUUUCUAUCGUCUUCAAUAUGGCAUGGAAUUUCGUUGAUAAACCAAAAUCCGGCACUGAAACUGCUUUGGAUGCCUGCGAUUAUUUUUUGGAUGAAGUUAUUGAAUUACAUCAGAGUUUAGAUGCACGUGAACAAGUUCGAAUGAUAAAGCAUCGUGAAUUACGUCACGCUGUCACAAGUGGAGAUGAUCGCACGGUGCGUGUGCUUUUGGAAGCAUUAGGCAGUGAAAGGCAAAUUAUUACGAAUAUGGCACCGGCUGGAACACACACCUUGCUUUUUCUAGCUUCACAAGCCGGAUAUGAGAGCAUAACACAUCGUCUUUUAGAUUCUGGGGCCGAUGGUCGCACACAUGCUGUUACUAAAUAUUCACCACUUUAUGCUGCUGUCCAACAUGGGCAGUAUAAUAUAGCAAAAAUGCUUCUGGAACGGUUUCCUGAUCUAAUACAGCAACCUACGGUGGAACGUUGGCUGCCAUUACAUGCUGCCUGUAUUAACGGUCAUUGCAAUUUGGUUGAGCUACUCCUUCGCUUCAAAUAUCCACAAUAUUUGUACAGUUCUUAUCGUGAUGAAGAAGGUCAAUGGGAGUGGCUCUUACCUUUCGAUCCGAAUGCUCAAGAUGUUACAGGGCAGACAAGUCUGUACAUUGCUAGCAUAUUGGGAAAUAAAUCCCUUGUUAAUUUACUGCUUAAUUGGCGCGUAAAAUGUCAGAAAACACUAAGUAAUGAUUUGGGAGCAGGGGGAAAUAGCGAAAUUCGUGGUUCCUGCAGCGACAGCACUGCUAUCACGCCAACUAGAAGGCGUAUUUCAUUUGGUAUACAAGCUAUUAUGUCAAAAUUAAAUAUAGCUGGUGAAAGCGAGGCAUUACUCGAUGAAGAGAAUGUGUGUGAGAAAUGCCCUAUCAAUUUAAAUAUACUCUGUGGAGCGGCUCGUGAAACCGCGCUUUUAGCAGCCGUACGCGGUAGUUUCGUGGACGUGGCUAAAUUAUUACUACAACAUGGCGGAAAUCCGAAUAUUGUCGCUAAGCCAGUGGAGGAUCACAACGAUCCAAAGUGCAUUGAAGAAAUAUAUGGUUUGAGUAAUGUUCCUAUUGCUGAGGCAUGCAAACAACAUUUACUUCCGAUGGUGGAAUUGCUUUUGAAAUAUGGAGCCCGCGAUGAAAAUGGCACUGCAUUAGGUGUGGCCAUUAGCUCAAGGGAUGAAGAGUUAUUGAAUCGUUUACUUGCAGUGAGAGUUCAUCCGGAUUCUGAUUAUAAAAUCAACAAAAAGGGCUUACCAGCACCUGUCGAUGUGAAUGUGUUCCUGCCAUCUGCGAAAAAUAUUUCUUAUAGCUCGAUGUUUCCAAAUGUACCAACUAUCAUAGAUUGGCAUAACAACACAAAUGUUCAGUUGCCCUUCGUACGUGUUGAUUGGUUGGUUAGAGGAGUUCUUCAAUUGAAUCCCAAGCUACUUGGACACCCAAUGAUAAAUGAAAUCACGCUGACUGCAAUAACGCGUAUAGAUUUCUCACACAACUGUUUAACUGUCAUCCCAAUUGAAAUAUUCAAAUUAGUUAGUUUGAAACAUUUAAACAUGGCACAAAACAAAAUUACUAGUUUACCUCCGCCAGAGCAGACACCUAAUAACAGCAAAUAUACCUACAACUGUCCUGUUCUUGAAGAACUGUUUAUACAAGAUAAUCGCUUAAUAACAAUACCAACCGAAAUAUUUCACUUACCGUCUCUUACUAUAUUAGAUGUUUCUAAUAAUAAAUUACAAGAAAUGCCGUUUGAUAUGUGGAAAGCGCCGAAAUUACGUGAAUUAAAUGUAGCUUUCAAUUUGCUGAGAGACUUACCAGUACCGCCUAUGCAGACUUCAACAUCUUAUCUUAGUUUGGAUAAGUUGGAAUGUGAAUCAUAUUCGAACUCUGAUUUCUCAAAUGCGUAUAAUACUAAAUCAAGAAAUCUGGAUUUCCAUCAAUUAAUACAUCGUAACAUUUGGAUUAAUUCAUUAGAUAUAACUGAUAAUGAAAUGAAGUGGAAUAAAUCGAAAAAUGAUGAAGGUGCUUCAAAGUUAAAUAGUUUAAAUAUCGCUAACAAUCUCUUUACCAGCAUCCCGACUGCGUUACCUUGUUUGGCAGUUAGUUUAACUAGACUGAAUAUGUCAUACAAUAGUUUGAGGUCCAUGGGACACGUUACGAGUUAUCCAUCAACACUGAAACAACUAGAUUUAAGUCAUAAUGAAAUUACGUGUUGGCCAAGUUUACCACGGAUCACUACCGAUUUCGACCCACAUUUGCUUUGUUACAGUUAUGUUGAGCCAGCCGGUACUGAACCUAUUGAUGAAUCAUCUGUAUUUAUAAAACCUGUUGUUAGUGGAAAAACCAGUUCAUUUCGUAGCACGGUACUUAAAAGUGUUUGUCAACAUCGUCGACACUUAAGACUGGAAUCUCUACGCACUCUUAUACUAGCCGAUAAUCUCUUAACUCGCUUGCAAUUAUCAACUGAUGAUGCAACAACUCUUUUUAAUGAAUCUGACGAUGCUGAUUGGAAUGUUGUGGGAGUAACCAAAUCGAAGUUGAUAUUUCCGAAUUUGUCAAUGCUUGAUAUUAGCAACAAUUGCCUCAAGGAAAUUCCCGCUUCAUUACAUGAGCUAAGUGGACUUAGCGUACUAAACAUAAGUGGUAAUGUUAAUAUUACAGAUCUUCCACCACACCUUGGACUUCUUUCUCGUUUGUGGAAUUUAAACACGCGUGGUUGUUUGCUGCAAGAGCCACUAAAAUCUAUGAUUGAAAGUAAAAAGUAUAAAACUAUGGAUAUAAUUGGUUAUUUGAAGUCAAUUUAUGAAAAAUCAGUUAUAUAUGCUCGCAUGAAGUUAAUGGUUGUAGGCGUUCAGGGCAUUGGAAAAACAACACUUUUAGAUCUGCUGCGACAGGGAGGGGGAUCACAAAAAUCACGCGCUAACGAAAAUCAUUGGGCGAAACGCAUGGGUCAUUCUCGUAAUGCCUCGAAAAGUGGGUUUGCAGGGAACAUUUCAACUGUUGGAGUCGAUAUUGGAACUUGGGUAUGUGAAAAACGCAGGAAAUCAACUGGUUCACAUGGACCUGUAAUAUUUCGCACAUGGGACUUUGGUGGUCAAAAAGAAUAUUACGCAACACAUCAGUAUUUUUUGUCCAAACGUAGUUUGUAUUUAGUACUUUGGAGAAUAACUGAUGGACAGAAAGGAUUGGCCGAAGUUCUGCAAUGGUUGGGAAAUAUACAGGCUCGCGCGCCUAAUUCAGCUGUGAUAAUUGUUGGUACACAUUUUGAUGCCGUGGGGGUAACGUUUUCCGCAAAAGAGGCAGAGGAACUUCAGCAAAUCAUUCGGGAAAAAUUCAUUGCCAUACCUGACGCUGAAAAAAUUGGGCUUCCACGAGUAAUUGAUUCAAUCGAGAUUAGUUGUCGUACUUUACAUAAUGUGCGGCUUUUGGCAAACAUUAUUUACGACACUGCGUUUAUUCUGCGUUCACCUGGGUCCAAAGAGCCUCUUCUAUUACAAAAGGUUCCGGCUACUUACAUUGCUCUGGAAGAUAUUGUUAAUGUUAUUGCUACUAAUCUACGAACUGCUGGAAUGGAUCCUGUACUCAAUACUGAAGAAUAUCGAAAGCACGUUACAGAAGAAAUGCGCUUACAUCAUUAUAAAAGCUUUCGAGACAUGGCGGAACUUAACCAAGCAACAAUGUUUCUACAUGAAAAUGGAGUUAUAUUGCAUUACGACGAUGCAACAUUGCGUGAUUACUACUUUCUUGAUCCUCAAUGGUUGUGUGACAUGUUGGCGCAUGUAGUAACUGUACGAGAAAUUAAUCCCUUUGCUCGCACCGGCAUUAUGAAAAUGGAUGAUCUAGGUUUAUUAUUUCGAAACCAAAAAACACAGAGCAGUAUAAAUCGAAGUUACAUUAUAAGCCUAUUGAAUAAAUUUGAGGUAGCAUUAACAUGGGAUUCACGCACUUUACUUAUACCUUCGCUACUGCCUGAUAGUGAAGACAUAUCUUUUAUUACAGGGACCACUGUUAAAGUUUUUCAACGUUCGAGGACACGCAAUUUGCCUACAGAUUGUUCAAACAAGAUAAAUUUAGUUUUCACUAGUCAUUUAACUCAAGACCCCCCUGAUCUUGAUGUUGGACUGCGACGCAUUCUUUUAAUGACAUAUUUUCCUUCUGGAUUUUGGUCUCGGAUAAUAACAAGAUUGUUGGGUGAUGAACAAAUCUCAGAAGCUAUCAAAACAUUUUAUUUACCAUUAAAUGAUAAAAGCCUGGAAUUCAACUUGCGCACCUCUCUAGAACGCGAAACGCAAUGGAAUUUAUGGCAAAAUGGAGUUUCAUUGAGCUUCGGAACAGUUUUACUUUUCAAAAUAUGGGAAAUUCCACUGCAUGGCUCCUCCUCCGCUCGAUCAUUUCGAAACUCUACAAGUCGCUUCAAACUCAAACUAGAUGGUGUGUGGAGUGAUUUGAAUUUAACGUCUUCCAGUAUAUUAGAAGUGCAUUUUCCACUUAUCAACCUCGGAGCCUAUCAGGUAGCAUCGAAUGGCGAUCGAGAAUUCAUUUCAAAGAUUGAACCGAACAUGUCUGUCAUAGCAAAAUUAUUAGCGCUUGCAGUAGAUCACAUAGAUUUGUUACUUGAAGAUUGGUAUCCAGCAUUAGGUACGCGCUUUGUGCACACAUCUGAAGGGAGAUUUUUAAUUACGCGCUUGGUUUUAUGCCCGAAAUGUUUACUAAAGGUAGCAAAUGUUAAUAGCGGAGGAUCAAAUGAUGAUACUAAUAAUAGCGCUGAAGGAGGUAAUUCCAUGCAGCACGGGGCUUUCGUGAGCAGUUUAAAAAAAAAGAAGACUUGCAAUCGAAGUAAUUUUAAAAAUUCUGAUGUAGGAGCAGUUAACCUUUUUUCAUCAAUCGUGAAUUCUGGACGUCGUGAACGAACAUCACAAGAUUCACUUUACCUUUCGGAUGCUGAUUCCGGCGUAGGACAUGAUUCAGCUUGCUCUUCUCGAAAUACAUCGGUUGAUGGACAUCCUUUUUAUAAUCAGCAAGACAUUUCUAAUAUCUGCUAUUGCUGGAUGGUUGAAGAAUGCAUUCUUUCUGUGUAUAAUCAAACAAAGAUCGUUUGUCCCGUACACAUGGAAAUUCAAAUGAGUUGGUUAGCGCCUGAUGUUGUUUUUGCUGAUAUACCUGAGCGAUACAACAUAAAUUCAGAGGAUAUUGUAAAAGGUGCACUCUUAGGCCGUGGGGCUUUUGGAUUUGUAUUUAAGGCAACCUGCAAAGUAAAAGCUACUCGUAGUUUUCAAGCUGUGGCUAUGAAAAUGCUGCAGCCCGUACCUCCAGGGCCGAGAGCGAAAGAGAGUGCAUUGCUAGCUUACAAAGUUGCUUUGGGCAAAUGGGAUCGUGAUCCGCUUCAGCAUGCUUGUAAAGCCUACUGCACUGCGCGGCAAGAACUAGCAGUUCUUCUUACCUUAAAGCAUGCAAAUAUUGUUCCGUUGGUGGGUAUUUGCAUUAAACCUCUGGCUCUAGUGUUAGAGCUUGCUCCAAUGGGUAGCCUCGAUUCUAUUUUACGGCAAUACCGACGAAGUGGUGCUCAUAUUGGACCACAUACAUUUCAAAUAUUAGUUUUACAAGCCGCACGAGCAAUUGAGUAUUUACAUAGACGUCGAAUUAUUUAUCGCGACUUAAAAUCGGAAAAUGUUCUUGUUUGGGAUUUUCCAGAGCCGCAUAGUGAGGACGCACCAGGGAAUAGUGUUCUCAUAAAGAUUGCGGAUUAUGGAAUCAGUCGUCAAACAGCACCAAAUGGAUCCAAAGGCUUUGGAGGCACUGAGGGUUUUAUGGCCCCUGAAAUUAUACGUUAUAAUGGAGAAGAGGAGUACACCGAGAAGGUUGACUGUUUUUCAUUCGGCAUGUUUAUAUACGAAAUUAUUAGCCUUCGACAACCAUUUGAAGGCCACGAGUCUAUUAAAGAAUGUAUACUCGAAGGUAGUCGGCCACCACUAACUCAUCGAGAAAUUCAAUUCCCUUCAUAUUGUCUUGAUCUAAUGGUCCUUUGUUGGGAUGAUUUACCCAAAAAGCGUCCAUCGGCAAGUCAAAUUGUAUCAAUACUCACUGCACCUGAGUGCAUACACUUGUUGGAUGCCAUUUCAUUGUCUCAUAGCGAAAAAGUUGUCUGUGGCGUAUUCAAUGUCCUUACUAGAACGGAUGAUGACACAGCAAGUUUGGAGAUUUGGUUGCCUUCAUAUAAUUCACGCAUUGAUAUUCUGGAUGUUUCACAUUCGGGAAAUUUUUUACAAAACACCAGCAUAUUAUGCAUGGAUCUUUUGAAAAUGAAUCAUUCUCCUUGUCCGGACGUUAGUAAUAAUAUAAACCAUUCGCGGUCUCGCUCGACACCGCGUAAGCAUAAUAUUAAUAUGCUAUGCUGUUGUUUAAUUGAGGAUUGUAUUUGGAUUGGUGAUGCGGCGGGAAAUCUACAUUCAUACAGUACCAAAAACUAUACACAUAUUUUUUCUUAUAUGCUUGAUCCCGUUAUAAAAUCGCCCGUAAUAAGUUUAGUGUAUCUGCGUAACAUUGACCGCGUUGCAAUUGGUUUGCACAAUGGACGAGUAUUUAUAGUGGAUGCCACGAAAAUACCCACAAAUUGCGCAUUUGCGGAAGGUACAUUUGUAUUAACAGAAAUUUGCUCUGGUCUAAUACUACAUAGUGCUUGCUCUGUAAUUAUAGAAAACGAAUACGAACUUUGGUGUGGAGAAAUGGCUGGCAAAAUUAACGUUUUUCCUUUGAGCAAAACUGGAGUUUGUGGACAUCAAUCGUUAUGUCACAGCGAAGAACCUAAUAUAAUUGAAGAUGUUAAAGUCGCACGCAUGUGUGCAUCAGAUGACUUUGUGUUUUCUUGCCUCUAUCCUGGCUUUAUAGUGUAUAAAUGGAAUGUGCAUAAAAAACAAAUCGAAAACAAAUUGGAUUGCUCAAAACUAUUGCCGUGCUCGGAAUCCUUGAAAAGCAUAGCAAUCGAUGAACACUUGAGUUUGAUCAAGUGCCAAAUUUCCGCCUUGUCUUCAUAUGGUGAUGAGCUAUAUAUUGGCACGACGUGGGGAUGCUUGAUCAUUAUUGAAGUGCUUACGCUGAGACCGAUAACCGUAUUUCGUCCCUAUGAAAAUGAGAUAAAAAGCAUUAUAUCCGUGCCUCACCCUCACUUUCCACUAGUUGCGACAAUCGGUCGUCGCUAUCGCUCAUUGAUCUCUCGAUAUAUGGACACAAAUAAUAUAAAUGAAAAUAUUCAGCCAGCAACUAACCCCACACCUCAUCUGCAAGGACGGAACCCGAAUUCACGAACUUUUGAUACGGAUAACCAUAUUCAGGUCUUAUUAUGGAGAGCGAAGAACUGGACGUGAAGAAUUUAUAAUUUGCGUAAUAUGUUUUCUUUCGCUAUCAUCACUAAUGUUUUUGUAGACUCAAUAUUUUUAGUAAAAAAUCAAUUACUAAGUAAAUGUAUUUAAUUUUGAAAAAAAUAUGCUACGACCAUACAAAAAUAUCGUUGCCGAGGACAUAAUACAGAUUUGAUUUGUUUGCAUUUGCUUUGAAAGCUUGAAAUGGUGUUUACCGUGUGAAGUCAUCUCCAUCAGCGUGUGAUAAUAUGAUUUGUUGUUCAGUAAACAUUUUGUAGUAACUAGUCAAAACUCAAUUUUAUUAAUAUGAGGAAACUCGUUAGCAUAAAGAUUUAGUAAUUAUGAAUCUAUCAAAUCAUAAAUAGGACAUAACAUAUUUAUAACGUUUGCUUUAUCAAAAAUUGUUAUUGUUUUAAAGUGAGGAACGAUUUAAGGGUGAGUGUUUAGUUAUGCCCUUCUUCGUAUUGUGUAUUUACGCUUAAAUUUCGCAUAGAACAUAGCACAGUGUUUCUGAUUUUUCGUACAAAAAUUUAUGUGUGCGGGUACAAAAAAACACUGCUCUGGUAGGUUUAUAAUAUAAUCAACGGAUAAUAUAAUAAAGUAUUAUUACGUGAAAUUUUAGUUAUCUUAAAAGUAAUAAUGCUUAAGGCGAUAUUACUUGGAAUUAUGGACCAUGGUUAUGUAUUUGAAGCUUUUUGGCUUCUUAUUAGCUGUUGUGGAUACUUUGUAUUGUAUAAUAAACAUGUGUUUAUAUUAUAAUAUUUAUUACAUUCCGAACAAAUUUAAUU